AUGAGUCGCUUUGACGUGAUUCUGUGUUUUGUUCCGCCGGGGUCCGGAAGUAAAGGAAAUUCCCUGCCUGAGGAGCACUUUAGACUCACAUUGGGGGAUCUUGUGGAUAGUGUUGAUGAUGUUCUGAGUCGUGCCACACCCCGUUGUAUACUGAACGCCAUCGCUAAAUGUGUCCACUCCGCUCCUGCAUUUUCUCAUCAGAUGAAUAUUAUUGUUGGUAAGGAGGGCUCCAGAGAAAUUCUUUUUGGGCUCCUUUAUGAUCUUACCCAUCACCAAAAUGGUGACGAUGCUGUGCCUCUGCAAUGCAUGUUAUUUGCUUCCGACGGGGCAUCGGUGGUGUGUGAAAUUGUUGAUGAGGAGGAAAUGGGUUCUGUGACUGAGGUGAUGAGUGCAAUGCGGCAUAUUGUGUUGGUUGCAUUGAAGUUUAGAUGCCGAACGAUGACUCUCGUUGUGGCUGAGCAGCUCUCCACAUCCCUCAUUGCCUCCAUGCUUGGCUAUGCGUGGUGCAACGUGUGGCUCCUAUUGGGCGGUGGAAUAGAUGUGGAUCGCUCCGUUGCCGUAGUGCGCGAGGCACUUUCCAUUCGCGACGCCGUGCGGAACUUCUGCUAUUUUCCUGAAGAAAUGAUUUCAGGGAUAAAGGAUGUGGAGGUGAUGUUGCGGGCCCGUGCUUUUUUGGACGGGGAGGCACAAGGACUUGCCGCACCUUGGCAGCAGUACACUGAGCGAGAUGAAACAGAGACAGGGAAUGGACGUCUUGCGGUCGAAAACGCAACGCUGCGAAAUGAACGCGCAGAGCUGCAAGCUCUUUUGAGAGAACGGGAAGAGUACUUUGCCGAGCAAAUUGAGCUGAAGGAGCAUGAGUUAACACAACUAAGACGGGCGUUGCAGCACGCAGAGGCAAAUGAGGAGAAGCUGACGGAGGCUGAGGUGAGGAUUACAGAGCUCGAGUCCUGUCUUGCUGAAAAGGAAGAGGAACUUUACAUGUGGAAGGAAAAUAUAGACAAGAAUCCACUGGAGGCGAGCGAAAAGACACAACAGAUGGAAAUGUAUUUUCAUGCCAGACAGGAGGAAUUGUGUGAUAGAAUUGAGUCCCCGAAGAAUGAGGAUAUCAUAAAUGCUCUUCAGCGGGAGUUGUCGGAGACGCAGGCAAAGUUGCGUGAGAUGCAACAACAGUGGGAGGCGUCAAGGGAGGAGAAUCUGCAGAAUGUCAUGGAGUUUCAGGAGAGAGAACGGGAGUGGCAGAUGGAGUUAGGGCGAGGGGAAAAGGAGCGGGAGACAGUGGUGGAGGAGUGUCGUCGACUUCGUUCCGUUGUGACCUCUCAGGGUUCCGGGCUGGAUGUCGUCAAAGAGGCCAUUGAAGCUACGCGUUUGCUCCAAGAACAGGAGCUGGAUGAGCUUUUAAAAAAAAUUAGGGCCAUCUCCUCUGCAAGUGCACCUGCAAGUCAUCGGCGUAUCUCACCACGUUCCGGGAGACACUCGGACCCGCAGAAUUGCCCGCGGAUGCUCUCGCCACCCCCAUUAUGA